AUGAAAAACAGCCCCACUCGUAAAUAUGACAAUUUCUCUGACCACCGGGGGAAAGACAGCGAUAAAUUCUCCCUAGAUAGCCAGGAUACGGCAAGUGUGCAUACCAAUCCGGAGGAAAGUGGGGGGAGGCGCAGCUUGACUGACGUCGGCGUGGGGGCUGGAGACAUGUGGAUCAGCGCUGUAGAGAGCUCCAUUCUCAGCUGGGAGGAGGUGGCUGAUCGCCUGCAAGUGGACGUAAGACGUGGGCUGACAUGGCGCGAGGCGAACGAUCGAAUGAACUUUGUUGGUCCCAACGAGUUCCAGGUGAAAGAGCAAGACCCGCUCUGGAAGAAGUAUAUAGAACAGUUCCAGAACCCGCUGAUACUUCUACUUCUAGGUUCAGCAGUCGUAAGCAUCUGCAUGAAGCAAUUCGACGACGCUGUGUCUAUUACGGUGGCGAUCAUGAUCGUGGUGACGGUGGCUUUCGUUCAGGAGUACCGCUCUGAAAAAUCCCUAGAGGAGCUCAACAAGCUGGUACCCCCUAGCUGUAACUGUCUUCGUGAGGGUAGUUUGGAGCACUUCUUAGCUCGCAACCUCGUACCAGGCGACAUUGUACAUCUCAAUGUUGGCGAUAGAGUGCCGGCUGAUCUUCGGCUGUACGAAUCCACCGAUUUGGCUAUAGACGAGUCGUCGUUUACCGGCGAAACCGAGCCGGCAGUGAAAAGCGUCCUUCCGAAUAAAGCAUCAGCUGGGAGAGUGAACAAGGAUAAUAUUGCGUUCUUGGGUACUCUCGUUAGGUGUGGAAAUGCGAAGGGUAUCGUGGUCAGUACGGGUGAACGGUCUGAAUUCGGUGACAUAUUCCGUAUGAUGCAAGCCGAGGAGGCACCGAAGACACCGUUGCAGCGCUCGAUGGAUACUCUCGGAGCUCAGCUCUCGCUGUACAGUUUUUGUAUUAUCGGCUUCAUCAUGGUGGCUGGCUGGCUGCAAGGGAAGGCCCUUCAGGAGAUGUUUACAAUUGGAGUCAGUUUGGCUGUCGCUGCUAUACCCGAAGGUCUCCCCAUAGUAGUAACAGUGACUCUGGCUCUAGGCGUGAUGCGAAUGGCUAAGCGUAACGCCAUUGUCAAGAAACUACCCACCGUGGAGACGCUAGGCUGUGUUAAUGUUAUCUGUAGCGAUAAAACUGGUACACUAACGAAGAAUGAAAUGACUGUGACGACUCUAUCGACAUCUGGUGGGCAUAUCGCAGAAGUAACGGGCUCCGGUUACAAUGCGAAAGGUGAUAUUCAACUGCGCGCCUAUAAGGGUCGCGAUUUGGAUAUUGCCAGGAUGGGUGUCAAUAGCAUGCUGGAAGUCGGCAUCCUUUGCAACAACGCCCACAUCCGAGAUGAGACGUUGUUCGGUCAACCAACAGAGGGCGCCCUGCUGGCUUGCGCUAUGAAGAACAAUAUGGAUGAUCUCCGCGAAAAUUAUACGAGGUUGAACGAAAUACCAUAUAGCUCGGAGACCAAGAUGAUGGUGGUGAAAUGUGCGCCCAAAUUCAGCGACGGCAAGCAUAAAGAAGAAGUGUUCGUCAAAGGUGCUAUAGAGAAGGUUCUACCCUUGUGCACCCAAUACAUCGACAGCGCUGGAAACUACGCGCCGAUGAGUAGGGAGAAACAGGCGGACUUCCUAAAUGAGGCGUAUAAUAUCGCUCGAAUGGGUCUACGUAUAAUUGCGUUGUGCCGCGGCAACAGCCUCGAGUCUCUAACGUAUACGGGCGUCUGCGGCGUAUGCGAUCCUCCAAGGGAGUCCGCACGCACCGCCAUCGCAGCGCUGAAGCGCGCUCAGGUCCAAGUUAAAAUGGUGACAGGCGACGCCAGACCCACUGCGCUUGCUGUUGGUCAAAUGGUCGGCCUAGAUGUGCUUCAUUCACAAUCGUUAUCUGGUGAACAACUUGACUCCAUGUCAGAUGAUGAGCUGGAUGGAAUUAUUGAUACCGUAAGCGUGUUUUACCGAGUGACGCCGAAGCAUAAAUUGUGCAUUGUCAAAUCACUGCAAAGACUAGGAAACAUCGUAGGAAUGACAGGCGACGGCGUGAAUGACGGUGUGGCCCUGAAACGCGCGGAUAUCGGUAUAGCGAUGGGCCGUAACGGGACAGAUGUGUGCAAAGAGGCGGCCGAUAUGAUCCUCGUUGAUGACGAUUUCGCUACCAUCAUUUCAGCAAUCGAAGAAGGAAAGUGUAUAUUCUACAACAUCCGCAAUUUCGUGCGGUUUCAGCUGUCGACGUCGAUAGCGGCGUUGUCGCUUAUCGCGCUCGCUACUCUCAUGGGCAUACCUAAUCCACUCAACGCGAUGCAGAUAUUGUGGAUUAAUAUUAUUAUGGAUGGCCCACCAGCUCAGUCGCUGGGCGUGGAACCGGUCGACCAUGAGGUGUUACGGCGCAAACCUCGAGACACUUCGCGGCGUAUCAUCUCGCGUGGUGUGUUGCUAUCUGUCGUGCUAUCCGCUGCUAUUAUCAUAGCUGGGACUCUUUGGGUCUUUAAUAGAGAGAUGUCUGACAACAAGAUAACUCCACGCGAUACCACCAUGACAUUCACAUGUUUUGUGCUGUUCGACAUGUUUAAUGCCCUCUCGUGUCGCUCGCAGACAAAAUCCAUAUUUGAAGUGGGACUUUUCUCAAACAAGAUGUUCCUGAUAGCGGUGUCCUUAAGUUUAGUGGGGCAGAUGCUAGUUAUCUACUUUCCGCCCCUACAAAGGGUCUUCCAAACUGAAGCUCUUACUGGAAAUGAUCUCAUAUUCCUAGUCUGCUUGACGUCUAGCGUGUUAAUUGUGAGCGAAGCUAAAAAGCUGAUCGAACGCACCCUCAAGAAGCGCUCGUUCCCAAAGUUUUCGACGAAGGCCCGCGAUGCUAUGGAUUUUAACGAGGCUCGUGACAGUGACAGCUGCCGGUCUGACGUGGCUCGCGAUGAUCAGGUCGAUCAUCGUCAGUCCGCUAGCUGUCAUCGUAGUGGGGCCUUUGUUGUGUUAGAUCUGCAGGACAGUACUGAGGAACCAAGGCGUAGUAAGAAAUUUAAAUUGUGCAAACAUUUUCCAUUCCAAUCGCGACGUUAUGAGCCCAUGGACGAUUCGUGUAUAAGUGAUACGCGCUAUUCUAAGAAAGGAAAGAUCGUGUCUAGGUCGUGUCAGACUGAUCCGUUGCCAGAUGACAUUCUGUGGACGUUUGAUGAGUGUGAUAUGACCGAGCAGAUUCCAAUAUUCAUAAGGCGGAAAUCCACCAAACGCGAUAAACAACGAAAAGAAAGAGCUCUAAUAACACAAUCUGAAGUGUCUCAAAGUGGAUCCAGUGAGAAUAACACAGUGGUUUUGGAACCGCCGGGUGGUUCAAACGUAUCUCAUGACAAACAUUAUAAUGAAACCAGUUUAAAUGCAUGUCAAGCCAUCCCUAGUGAACGUGUAAUUGAUGUCGAACUUCCUUCGACGUCUCACGGUAGCUGCCAAACCCCGUUUGUGACCAAACGCCUGCAAGACGUAGAGUAUGGUACUUGUCAGAUUUCGUCUGACAACUGUCAAACGGUGCUGUUUGAUAAAUCGAAAGGUAGAAUAGAAAAGGGUAAUUUUGACAGUGACAGUUCUUCGAAUGUGGACCAAGGGCCUUUCGCUAUUUACGAUGGCAAAAUAGAUAUUCCUACGCGCUUUUGA